GCAACACAUUUUAAAUAAUUAAAAAUUUAGUGGAAAGAUAUUUAUCAUGAUGUCGCGAUCGGUGAGAGCUGAGACUCGGAGUCGUGCCAAAGAUGACAUUAAACGUGUUAUGCAGGUCGUCGACAAGGUUCGACAUUGGGAAAAAAAAUGGGUCACGAUAGGAGAGACGACAAUGAAAAUUUACAAAUGGGUUCCUAUAUCUACACUAGAACAGAAAAAAAAAUCGAAAUCACUCGCUGAAAAAGAAAAUGGCAUUCCCAGAAAAGGCAUCGACUCGUCAAACUCCAAUUUUGGUCUCACGGAAGAUUCGAACACUUUGAAACGAAAUAAGAGGAUCUGUUUCGCCCCACUGACAGUGACAAUAGUUCUGAGAUUUUGUUUUGGGUCCCAGGUUUUUCUACAGUUAGUGACUCCCAAGGAAUCACCGAUUUCUCAACACAUUUGAAUUUCUCUGAAGACUCGAAUUCCCAAAACAGUGAACCAACGCCAAAAGUACUCAAGACUGACUGAACAGAUGUUUGUAUAAAUACCGGGAUUUAUAUAUUAAAUCGAAUAAAACUGCAAUUUCCAAUAAAUAAUUUUAUUCAUGACGAAGUACCAGUAAAAUGCAUAACAUUUUAGAGGUUAAAUCAACUGAAUCAUCGAAGGGCAAAUGAAGGGAGUCGAAUUCAAUGUUUUUCCAAUUCGAUAUCUCAAUUCGUGCUCUGUUUAUAAAUAACUGGAUUUAAUUGUGAACUUAUGUGCUAGCAGUGACGUGAACUUUCAAUAUGUUAGACCUGUCGUUAUGUAAGGAAAAAUAAUUAUAUUAUAGGAUAUUUUUUUCUAUUUCCAAAAUGAAAGACGCUCUCCUCAUUUCAUAUACUUAAUUAAUAAAAUUGUAAAAAUAAAUACACAAUUUUCUUUAAA